UUCUAGAGAGUAACAUUAAAGUGCUGAAAAAAAGUCAGUUCCUCAUUUUCUAUCAUUACUCCAAAAAACGUUAUAACUUUGCUCUGUAUAUGAAGCAAAGCUUGCUAAGGAGAGCUCAAGAAGAGAUAAAAAUGGAGGAGAUAAAUCACAGAGUAGUGAAUGUAAAUGGAAUAAACAUGCACAUAGCGGAGAAAGGAGAAGGUCCAAUGAUAUUAUUUCUCCAUGGAUUUCCAGAACUCUGGUAUACAUGGCGCCAUCAGAUUCUUUCAUUAAGCUCGCUUGGAUUCCAUGCUGUUGCUCCAGAUCUUAGAGGCUAUGGUGAUACUGAAGCUCCAGCUUUAAGCAGUAGCUAUACGUGUCACCAUAUUGUUGGUGAUCUGAUAGCUCUUAUUGAUCAUCUUGGAGCAGAGAAAGUUUUUCUUGUAGGACAUGAUUGGGGUGCCAUUAUUGGAUGGUAUUUGUGCUUGUUUAGGCCUGAUAAAGUCAAGGCUUUUGUUUGCCUUAGCGUUCCUUUCAAGCCAAGACAUCCAAAUAUAAAGACUGUAGAAAGCAUGCGCCUUCUCUUUGGAGAUGAGUACUACAUCUGCAGAUUUCAGAAACCAGGGGAAAUUGAAGAAGAAAUAGCACGGGUUGGCACAGAAGAGGUUCUAAAGAAAAUAUUUACAGAUCGAAAACCAGGUCCACCUUGCCUGCCUAAAGAAAAUGCAUUUGGAAGUUGUAAAGAGAAUCCAGUUACAUUACCCUCUUGGCUCACAGAAGAAGAUCUUGCUUACUAUGUAACCAAAUUUAACCAGAAAGGCUUCACUGGAGGAUUGAACUACUACAGAGCUUUGGAUUUGAAUUGGGAGCUCACAGCCCAAUGGACAGGAGUAGCGAUUAAAGUGCCAGUGAAAUUUGUGGUUGGAGAUGCUGAUAUGGUGUAUACAACACCAGGAAUGAAGGAAUAUGUACAGGGAAGUGGAUUCAGCCAUUAUGUGCCAUUUUUGGAGGAUGUUGUUGUCAUGGAAGGAGUUGGUCAUUUUAUCAGCCAGGAAAGACCUAAGGAGAUCAGCAACCUUAUCUAUGACUUUAUCACCCAAUAUUGAUACUAUUUUCUAGAUUUUUAUUUCAAGCACUCCACUAUUUUCUGUAACAGGAUCUAUGUUUUUUACCCAUUUGUAAGAGAACAUUUGCUUUAGUUGCCGGGAUAUUCACCAAUAUCUUUCUGGCAAUUCCUUUGGAAAUCAGGCUAUUAAUAAAGCAAACGGCUUGUCAGCUACUCGGCAGUUGGAUAAAAAGCUUGCUUAAAUACACAGCUUGUUCAGUAAAUUUAACCAAAAAAACAAGCUGCCGAUCA